AUGCCUCUGCACCUGCUCGGCAAGAAAUCAUGGCACGUAUACAACGCCGAUAAUGUGGCACGCGUUCGCCGCGACGAGGCCGCGGCCAAGGCAGCCGAAGAGGCGGAAGAACAGCGGAUGCAAGAGAUUGAUGGGCAGCGACGGCUAGCCAUCCUACGGGGAGAGGCACCACCCCCACUUGACGACGAGCCAGAGAAGGAGUCUCCCAAGAUCCCAUCCUCGACGGGAAGGGCUCGUGGCGAUGGCAAGGGCGGCACCCGACGGGCAAGGAAGCGACACGGCGAGGACGAUACCGACUUUGAGCUGCGGCUGGCGAGGGAGAGGAACGAAGUGGGUCACGUCGCACGCGAGGCAGCAAACAAAUCGUUGGGUUCGGUAUCCAUCGUCGAUGACGCAGGUCACAUUGAUCUGCUGGGCGACGAGCGACGCAGAGCCCAGGGCGGGAAAAACCAAGAGGCCGAGGAGGAGUCCCGAAAGAAGCAGCGGGAGUACGAGGACCAGUACCGAAUGCGGCUCUCCAGCGCAGGCGGCAAGGAUGGCGUCAACCAGAAACCAUGGUACUCGCACACCGACCUAGCUGCGGUGGAGGCUCCGUCGAAGAACGCCUUCGGGAACGAGGAUCCACGUCGCAAGGAGCGCGACGCGAUGCGGUUGGCGACGAACGAUCCUCUGCUCAUGAUGAAGCAAGGUUCCACCCGUGUGCGGGAGCUGAAGCGGGAGCGCCGGGAUGCGGAGCUGGAGCGUCAAAAGGAGCUCAAGCAGCUGCGCAGGGAGAAUCGGCGUCGAGAUGAGGAGAGACGACGUCAAGGCAGAAGCCGCAGGCAUCGUUCUCGUUCGCCCUCUCCUGUGACAAGACGAUUACAUCGGCAAAGGUCUCGUUCGCGCUCACCUGUGAGGCGAUCGCAUCGAGAGAGCGAGAGGUCGCACGAGCGUCGCGAUGAUGAGGAACAAAGGCACGGCGACAGAAGCAGACGAAGAGAUGAGGAUUCGCGCCGGCGCCGGCGCAGCUCUCCAGGUGACGGGGAGCGCCGGGCACAUGGGCAUGACGGAUGA